UGAACCUUGUCAUCCAUUACACUGCUUAUGCUGAUAAUAAUAUCGAUGGAGAAUACUACUUACCUCUCCAGAUAUAUUUAACAGUUGAAAUUGUAAACGAACCUGUUUUUGGAAAACUAUUUAUGGUUUGUUUAACAUUCAUAUACGAGGAAAGGUGAUUUCUGUGGACUAAAAGGAUGUUGUUAAUACGUUAUAAAAAAGAACAAAAUUUUAGGUACAUUGUUUUCUUCACAAAGUAUUCGCCAUGACAGAAAACGAUAACCAAUCUGUUCACGCAAAACGUACCGCUAAACCCACCAGGAGUUGGCGCAAUUAUUUAAGUGGGCCAAUCCUGUUUCUACAUAUGUUUGCCUUUGUAAUGUCCUUAACCACAUCGGGUCUGUACGUUCCUUUUUAUAUUUCAGCAACCCUGUUUCCGCAUAGAAAAGUGUCCGUGUCCACGGGAUCUAUAUGUGUAGUGAACGCAUCUGUAGCGUCACCCGAGACUCAGACCAUUCAGAAAAAGGCAACUGAGUUCAACAUCUACGUAUCUUUAGUUUCCGGUAUUCCUGCCGUCAUUGCCUCUGUUUUUCUUGGAGCAUUUAGUGAUCGUUUUGGACGUUUAUUUCUUUUUUUAGCCCCCUCUAUUGGUCAAAUAAUCAGUAAACUAAUAUUGCUAUUCAUUGUUUACUACCGCAUUGAUAUCAAUUUUAUUCUGAUUGGCAGUGCCAUCGAAGGUUCCACAGGAGGAUUCCUGGCCCUUUUAAUGGCUGCAUUUUCGUAUAUAGCAGACAUUACAGAAAAUAAUAAACAACGUUCUGUAGCUAUUGCCUUUCUUGAGAUUGCAGUUGGUCUAGGAUUAGUCCUUGGGAGAUUCUGUACGGGAUAUUUCAUAAAAGCUACAAACUUUGUCUGGCCACAAGUGGCGGCAUGUUGCAUAUAUACAGUUGUCAUCAUGAUAAUAGUCUUUGUUUUACCAGAAACACGGAAACCAAAAACACCCACAGAAACAGUGUCGAAGAAGAUGUCUUGCUUAAGACACGUGGAAAAAAUAUUUUCCUUUUACGUCUCAAAAAGUGAAGAACGCUGGAAAUAUAAUAUUUGCAUUCUUAUAUUCUUUGCAACUGGAAUAACUGCUGUUGGGAGGAGCGGAGUAGAUAUACUUUACCAGAUAAGUCAGCCAUUUUGUUGGGACUCUGUGAAAGUAGGAUGGCUGGGGGCUGUAAUUGGCCUCUUUCAGAACGUUAUCUGUAUGGGAAUGAUCAAAGUCUUUCAUCUUUGCCUUAACGAUGAAGGUGUUUCCAUCCUUGGUUCUAUAUCAGGAAUAUCAGGCUUUAUGAUUACAGCAUUUGCAUCGACAGACGUUAUGUUAUAUAUAGCUGCCGUUGUUGGUGGAGGCGCAGUACUGACACUGCCUAUGAUCAGGGCCAUUAUGUCACGAAUGACGUCACCAGACAAACAAGGUGCUCUUUUUGGUGGUAUAGCAGCUAUAGAGACGGCAUGCUAUAUCGUGGGUAGUCUUAUAUUCAACCCAAUCUAUUCCCACACCGUCUCCAUUUUCAGGGGAUAUGUCUACGUCGUGAUGGCUGGAAUGGUUUUUAUUUCGUUGAUACUACUCCUAGUGCUGGUCUUGAAUCCACGACGGGUUUCAUCUAAGUACAAAAUUAACGAUCAUACUGUGAUGAAAGAUCAACAGAUCAAAGUUAAUAAUUAAAGGAAAGCAAAACUAGACGGCUGUUUGUUGAGCAUUACAUGUAUAACACAAUUAAAGCAAUUUUUA